AUGUCAUCGAAUUCUAGUAAAACAGCUGACCACAGAAGAAAAUGGGAUGCCGAGGAAUACGAAAGGAUGGCGACAGAACGUCUCCAGCAGGAAUUGGAAGCUCAGGAAAAAUUAAAUCAGCGUGCUGCGCCUGUUAAAAGAGAUUAUUUGAGGCAGAGAGAUUACAAAGUAGAUCUUGAUUCAAAACUUGGAAAAAGUGUUGUGAUAACAAAAAAUACCCCAUCUUCUCAAACUGGCGGAUAUUACUGCAAUGUUUGUGACUGUAUCGUCAAAGACUCCAUAAAUUUUCUUGAUCAUAUAAAUGGCAAAAAACAUCAAAGAAACUUAGGUAUGUCCAUGAAAGUUGAAAGGUCUACUUUGGAGCAGGUUAAAAAAAGAUUUGAGGCUAACAAGAGAAAAUUAGAGGAUAAAAAAAGAGAUUAUGAUUUGGAACAAAGAAUGAAAGAAAUACAAGAAGAAGAAGAGAAACUUAAAGAAUACCGACGAGAAAGAAAGAAAGAAAAAAAAAGAAAACUAGAAGAAGAUGAAGAUGAUAGAGAACCUUCUUCAGCAUUAGCUUCUGUUAUGGGAUUUUCAGGGUUUGGAAGUUCAAAAAAAAAGUGA